UGUAACACCUACUAGCAGACGAGAUUCCGUCCACAAUCAGAGAUCGUGCUUGUCAGUGAGGUUUUUAAAGAUUAAAACGGUACCAUUUAUUUUCUUACGCUACUGUAACUUUCCGGAAGACACGUAAGGCAUUUUUUAUUUCAUGUGUUUGACUUCAUCUCACGCGAGAGGCUAAUUUAGAUUGUUUUAGGCUAGUUAAACUAGCCAACGCUUACCGCUGUGCGUCGGCUAAAGCAUUCCUUCCGCUUUCCGUAUUCACUUUUAGGUGCAAUUUCAAAUAAAACAUGACGAGUAUAGCUAGUAAGGUGUUUUGCAGGGUGGAGAAGAUGUGUCACUACCUCCCUGUGGUCCUUAACACGUUCCUGGUUUUCUCCAUAACCGGAGAGGUGAGUUACCUGGUGUCGGUGGAGGCUCCGCUGGAGCCAGACCAGAAGAAGACUCAGUGGUCCUCUCGGUGGAAAUUAAUCCACUUGCUGGCCCAGUAUUUCAUGUUGGGGAACAUCUGCUGGAACGCCCUGCUCUUCAUGAAAACUAGUCCCAGCAUCAAGGGAGUGUUCCUGGGAGGAGAAGUCCUCGGCCAAGGGUGGAGGUACUGUUACACAUGUGAGACGCACACUCCUCCGCGCUGUUCCCACUGCUACGACUGCAAGGUGUGCGUGCUGCGGCGGGAUCACCACUGCGUCUUUUUUGGCCAGUGCGUGGGUUUCCGCAAUUACCGCUACUUCCUGAGCUGCUUGUUUUUCAUGUGGUCGGGGCUCCUGUACGCCACCCUGAUGAACGCAGAGGUCUUCAUUGUCAUCUUGAAGGAGGGUGUGACAGUACACAGCAUCCUGCUGCUGCUCAUACCCUGGAUCAUGCUUGUUUCAGGCCAGGUCUCAGCGCGUGCCUUUGCCUUCGCAUUCAUCGCAGACACAUGCGUGGUGGGUUUCCUGCUGGUGUCUUCCUUCUUCUUCUUCCAUCUCUACCUGCUGUUUCGUGGUCAGACCACCAGGGAGUGGUAUUCCUCCCGCCGACCCUACAGCCUGGGACUCUUUGGCAACCUGCAUCACACACUGGGCCUGCGUUGGUACAUCUGCUGGCUCUGUCCUCUUAUCCCCUCGCCACUGCCAGGAGACGGCAUAAACUUCCAGGUCACAGGAUCGCUGGAGCCCUCGCGGUAACAGGUGCUGAUCGGAGCGGACCGAGUGUCUUUACUUUAAUGGUGGUGGUUAAUGUUAUCGGGAGCAGCAGGGGAACUCAUCUUAGUUCAAGAAGAGGUAGCUUGGAGUGGGAAGAAAGUAGAAUUGUCUGUGGCUGUGUAAUGUAUUGGAGGGUGUAACUCACUGCCAGUGUCUACUCUGUAGAUUCUGUGCUGAGACAAAGAAAUUAAGGGUGUUCUUUUGGUGGUACAUUGAUCUUAAAUGGUAAUCCGUACACUCAGCAAGGCUGGCCUCAGAAAAUGAACACAGAAACUCAAUGUGUUCAUCUUGCAAGCGAGCACUGAUAAUACAUGUUUAAAAAUAGCACUGAAAUAAGAAUGUAUUUUGACUGAACAACGUUCAGUUUUAAUCCUUGUUGAGAAGCACUCACAAUCUCUGACAGUGACGCCUCGUGGGAGUGUUGAUAAUAGCUGCUUUCUUGGGUUUUCCCUACGCUGAGGCUGCCUAAAUCCGAACGUUACACAAGUGUGGCUUACGCAGUUCCUGAUUACUCCACUGGACUGUAAAAUGCACAAUAAUUUGCCUCUAUUUUGCUGUUGCUCUGAGGAUGCUCCUGAGUUUAUUAAACUGACCUUUUUAAUUGGAUUCUGCUGUGGCAGGUGGAACAGUGGGAGACACAAAGGAGCAGUCUUAAUGUCUUCAGCACAACAUUAAUUUGAAAUGAAUAAAAAUAAACACUGAAAUGGUGUGGAAAAAAGUGCAAUUUAUGACAGUUUACGUUUAGUGAAUUCAGUAUUUAAAAUGUACAUGCUUAUGAUUUGUGAACAGUUUUGCCUCCAUGUUUGAUAUUUCAUUAAGCAGCGUCCUCAUUCUGUACCCUAUACGUUACAUACUGUAUAGAAAUCUUUAGAGCAUCCUGUUUUUGCCUAUAAUUAACCAGUUUUUGCAUAUAAACACAUUCAAACUGUUAUAAUUGAUGACUAUAGAGUCUUUCUUUUUUCACGAGGUAUCCCUGUAACUGUUUACCUGUCUUGAGUGUACUUCAUCCUGUCAAGUGCUUCAGUUCAAAAUAAUAUGGAAGAAUGCGAACAUGUCAGUUUUAAUUGAUGCCAAAUGAAUUUCCUUUACCUCCAUGUAUUUUACUCCUUGGCAGCUUUUAUUUUUCUUAUUUUAAUUCUUCUGGCCUAAGUGUAUUGGAAAAAUUACAAGCCUUUUUUGUUUGUUUGUACUGGUCACUAAAUUUUAUAUUAUUAUUCUUUACAACUGUUGUUAGUUCCAUGCCAAAAGAUAUCAUUUUGUUUGGUUGAUUAUUGGGUGUUUUGCCUUUUAAAGGUGUUUGCUUGAAGGGAUAUACCACUGAGAAAUGUUUAAUUUUAAUAUUAUUCUAUUUUUGUUAAAGUUGUUGUGCUGAAAUAA